GCCACAGAAGAACCACACGCCCCAGAAGCUCUCGCGCCACUCCUCCCCUCCCCUCCUGCAGUCGGGUGCUGUUUUUGUUGUUGGUGAAAGGUGAGGGGAACAGCUGAUCCGCCUGUGGGGACAGCAGGCAUCUUGAGGGCAGGAUGGAAGAGUCAUCCCUAAACCGGGCACCAUCCCGGGGUGGAGUCAACUUCCUGAAUGUAGCCCGGACCUACAUCCCCAACACCAAGGUGGAAUGUCACUACACUCUGCCUCCAGGCACCAUGCCCAGUGCCAGUGACUGGAUUGGAAUUUUCAAGGUGGAAGCUGCCUGUGUUCGGGACUAUCACACAUUUGUAUGGUCUUCAGUGCCGCAGGAAAGUACAACGGAUGGUUCCCCCACGCAUGCUAGUGUCCAGUUCCAAGCCAGCUACCUGCCCAAACCAGGAGCCCAACUCUACCAGUUCCGCUAUGUGAACCGCCAGGGCCGGGUGUGUGGGCAGAGUCCCCCAUUCCAGUUCCGAGAGCCACGGCCCAUGGAUGAGCUGGUGACCCUGGAGGAGGCUGACGGAGGCUCUGACAUCCUGUUGGUUGUCCCUAAGGCUACUGUGCUUCAGAACCAGCUGGAUGAGAGCCAGCAGGAACGGAAUGACCUGAUGCAGCUGAAGCUGCAGUUGGAGGAUCAGGUGACAGAGCUGAGGAGCCGAGUGCAGGAGCUGGAGACAGCUGUGUCCACUGCCAGGCGGGAACAUUCGGAGCUCACAGAACAAUACAAGGCCCUUUCUCGGUCCCAUGGGGAGCUCACAGAAGAAAGAGACAUCCUGAGCCAGCAGCAGGGAGAACAUGUGGCCCGUAUCCUGGAGUUAGAGGAUGACAUCCAGACCAUCAGUGACAAAGUGCUGAGGAAGGAGGUGGAGCUGGACAGGGUUAGAGACACAGUGAAGGCCCUGACUCGGGAACAAGAGAAGCUCCUGGGGCAGCUGAAGGAAGUCCAGGCAGACAAGGAGCAGAGUGAGGUCAAGUUCCAGAUGGUCCAAGAGGAGAACUGCUGCUUAACUGUAGAGCUGCAGAAGGCCAAGGGCCGGCAAGAAGAGCAGGGUGCUCAGGUCCAGCGACUGAAGGACAAGGUGGCUCACAUGAGGGACGCCCUGGCCCAAGCCCAGCAGAAAGUGGCCGAGCUGGAGCCCCUGAAAGAGCAGCUUCGAGGGGUCCAGGAACUUGCAGCCUCAAGCCAACAGAAAGCCACCCUUCUUGGGGAGGAGUUGGCCAGCGCAGCAGGAGCCAGGGACCGCACCAUAGCAGAGCUACACCGCAGCCGACUGGAAGUGGCUGAAGUCAGCGGCCGACUGGCUGAGCUCAGCCUGCACAUGAAGGAGGAGAAGUCCCAAUGGAGCAAGGAGCGUGCAGGGCUGCUGCAGAAUAUGGAGGCUGAGAAGGACAAAAUCCUGAAGCUGAGUGCAGAGAUCCUGCGGCUGGAGAAGACAGUACAGGAGGAAAGGAGCCAGAGCCACAUAUUCAAGACUGAGCUGGCCCGAGAGAAGGAUUCUAGCCUGGUGCAGUUGUCAGAGAGUAAGCGGGAGCUGACAGAGCUGCGCUCAGGUCUCCGCGUGCUUCAGAAGGAAAAGGAGCAGCUGCAGGCAGAGAAACAGGAAUUGCUAGAGUACAUGAGGAAGCUGGAGGCCCGUCUGGAGAAGGUGGCAGAUGAAAAGUGGAACGAAGAUGCUGCCACGGAGGAUGAGGAGGCCACUGCCGGGCUGAGCUGCCCUGCAGCUCUGACAGACUCAGAGGAUGAGUCCCCAGAGGACAUGAGGCUCCCGUCCUAUAGCUUGUGUGAGCAUGGAAACACAGGCUCCUCUCCUCCUGGGCUCCAGGAGGCGUCUCCCCUUGUUGUCAUCAACCAGCCAGCACCCAUUGCUCCCCACCUCUCAGGGCCAGGGGAGGACAGCAGCUCUGACUCAGAGGCUGAAGACGAGAAGUCCGUCCUGAUGGCGGCUGUGCAGAGUGGGGGUGAGGAGGCCAAUCUUCUGCUUCCUGAACUCGGCAGUGCCUUCUAUGACAUGGCCAGUGGCUUUGCGGUGGGUUCCUUGUCAGAGGCCAGCACUGGGGUCUCAGCCGCCCCUCCAUGGAAGGAAUGUCCUAUCUGUAAGGAGCGCUUCCCUGCUGAGAGUGACAAGGAUGCUCUGGAGGACCACAUGGAUGGACAUUUCUUUUUCAGCACCCAGGACCCUUUCACCUUUGAGUGAUCUCACCCCUCCCUAAUAUGUACACACACACACACACACACACACACACACACACGCACGCACGCACGC